AUGGCGCAAAUUCCCACCCCUCCUGCGUCUCGCCAUGGUUCAGAAUCACCCGACACCGAGUACAAACAGCCUCCGGGAGUUGGCAACUCAGACUUGUUACGGUCACUGGACGCUCUUCUAGAACGGUAUCUCCAUCUCUUAGAUCGUCAUCAGAAAUUACAGGCCGAACUUGCCACAAGUUUAUCUUCGGGGUUUCUCUCACUCGCCCAAGCCAACUACACUUGCCCCCCAGGUCGGAGAUAUGGAGCAGACUACUACGAUGAACGUAUGAAAGCAACAAGAAGGGUGGACCUAGAACCCCCUACAUCGUCGACCAAAGAUGUCGAUGCAUCCAGUGUGGAUGAAUCGUCCGAUGAAUUUACCAAGUGUGGCGACUAUAGUCACAUCUUCACUAUAAAACAAGCUACAGGUGAUAGUGUAGAGGAACCCUCUGAGUGGACUGGAGGAGAGAACCAAUCUCACUCGAGUAACGCGUCCACAUUGGAAUGUGAGGGUCCUGAGAAGAAGCGUGAUUCUAAGGCUGGGGAUUCCACAACUUCAUCGGAUGACCCUGGGGCACAAGAGCCGGCAGAGACAAAGCCUACAUCUUUGGAGAAGAAGCCCCGUUCUUCCGACCCCAUUAGAUGGUACGGAAUCUUGGUGCCACCUUUUCUCCGUAAUGCUCAAAAAUAUUUCACGGAGGCUGUAGGGGGUCCCUUGCCUGAGCUGGCGAGUGUGAUGGUCGAGAUGCAGGCUGUGGAAAAGGAGGUGAAACGUGUGCGCAAGAAGAUAGACCAAGCAUGA